AUGAGUGAGGAGAGCAGCGAGAAUUCACCUAAGGAGUCCCAAGAAGGUGAUGCAGCAGGUGACACUGAGGAGUCAUCUACAGCCACCGAUGCCAGUGAUUCUCUCACGACUGGACAAAACCUAGCCUCAGCAGUUGACCAGGCCCAUUCCGUGAGCACCGUCGUAAGUCCAGAUGAAAGGGAGGACACAGCAGCGCCCAAACGACUUCGCCGUCCACCAGUGGGCAGAGUGCGUUUCAACCUGAACAGCGAGAACCAGACUAGGAUGAUCACGUCUGGUAACAGCUCUGGUUUUUCUUGUGCGGAAGACGGAAAUCACGAUGGGCAUGUCCAUAUACACAUUGUGCGCACGGACGUUUUCAACAUUUCUAACUACGACGUUGCCACUCUGCCAACUAAGAAGAGGUCGUUCGGUCAGUGGCUCACGGACAACCAGCACGUAGAAGAUCACAUCUUGUUCCUCGUCAGCCUCGUCUUCGCCGGCAGCAUGAUAAUGACGCUUACAUUCGCCUGGAUCGAGGUUGACACUGCCCUGGCAAACAUCUCCUGGGCGUUCGCUACGCCCGUGAUCUUUUUGAUCGCCACGCAGACCUGCUUCUGGCUCUUGACUGCAAUUUAUGCCCUUUGGUAG